GACUGCCUGUUGUCCCCUCGUCCCUCCGCCUAAAGGCCCUAAACCCUUAUGUAGCGUUGCUUCCAUUUCGACAAAGCUGCCCUCUUUCACCGGAAAACCCCUGUGUCUCCGCUUCGAUUGUUUUCUACCUGCGGACAAUCCAUUACUCAAAGCUUCACUCGGACUCAGUAUGGUGAGCAGAAGGCAGAAAUUAGCUCGGAAGAGGUAUAAAGAUGAGCACCCAGAAUUGUUUCCAAAACCAGAGCCAAAAGACCCAAAUGAGAAGAAGGAGAAAAAGAAGAGCAAGUUCAAGCGAAAAAAGGCAGAAUCUAAAGAACCUAAAGACCCCAGUAAACGCAUUAAAAAGGGUCUCAAAAAACACCCACUUCGGGUCCCUGGCAUGAAGCCUGGUGAGAGUUGUUUCAUAUGCAAAGCCAAGGACCAUAUUGCCAAGCAUUGUCCGCAGAAAGCUCAAUGGGAAAGGAACAAGAUAUGUUUGCUUUGCCGGCAUCGUGGGCAUAGUCUCAAAAACUGUCCCAACAAGAAUGAUGAGACCAUGGAUAAAAAGUUAUGUUACAACUGUGGAGAAACUGGACAUUCACUUGCAAAAUGUCCCCAACCUCUUCAAAAUGGGGGAACUAAAUUUGCUAAAUGCUUUAUCUGUAAUGAACAUGGGCAUUUGAGCAAGAACUGCUCCCAAAAUACACAUGGGAUAUAUCCAAAGGGAGGUGGUUGUAAAAUAUGCAGUGGUGUAACUCAUUUGGCUAAAGAUUGCCCUAAUAAAGGCAACAAAGGUUCUGCUGUAGCUAGCAAAGAAGCAUUUAAAAUUGAGGAUAUACCAAGAGGACAGAUUACCAAAUUCACAAGCGGGGAUGAUCUUGAUGAUGACUUCAUGGUAGAAGAUUCUGCAUCAAAAGAUAAAAAUGUAAAAUCAAAGAAACAGGGGCCUAAAGUUGUCAAUUUUGUUGGGUAAGAAACUCUUUGUUGAUUAAUUUCAAUAGUGCUAGUUGUAAUCCAUGCUGAGAAAUGAUCCUAAAUUCCAGAAUUUGUUCUAUAGAACUGAAGGUUUUUUCCACCUGAAUGUUACUUCAACAGGAAUUCAAUUCUUUUUCCAUGUAACCAAUCUUAAUAUAUUUUUCUAUGUUUC